CGCCUAUCGUGUCAUCUUGUUGCCCUCCGGUGUAAGUGUAACCCUUAUACUCGCCUCCUCCUUCCCUCACGCUGCUCUGAAAUUUCAUCUGAUUUGUUUGGUACAGUUAGAUAAUCUUAUCCUCACCAAGAGAGCAAGCUUUCGAUUUCCGGUUUUGUGGCUUACUCUUACAUUGAGUAUAGAGGGCUCUGAAUCUGCCUAUUGGUGGUUGGUUGAUCAAGUCGAGACAGCAUCUUGCUAAAAUGAUGUAUACAGGAUAGUUCUUUGAUAUAUUUUGCAAUGGCAGCUGAUCAACGGAAGAAACGUAUGAAUGCUGUCAACAUUGUGGCUUGCUCUCAGGACCGCAAUGGUUCCAAAAAGAGGAAACUGGGAAUAACUGGAUAUGAUUUGAUGAUGAGAUGUAAUGUUUCUCUUCUCUGGGAUGAGAAGAAAAAGUGCGUUGUUUCCAAGAAUGAUCAGAUUGGCAUUUCAAGGAGAGAUUUCAUUCCAUUUUCUGGUUCAGUUCCACACCACCACAAUGUUUUGGCUGAUGUUUUCACAGUGCCACAGGAAAUCUUUGAGUUAGACAAUUUAGCUGAGGUCCUUUCAUACGAGGUUUGGCAAACUUGUUUGUCUGACAAUGAGCGGAGCCUUCUUACAGAAUUUCUUCCUAAAGGAACUGAUCCGGAGAGACUUGUGCAUGAUUUACUUGCAGGGGAUAGUUUUCACUUUGGAAAUCCUUCCCUUAAAUGGAGUAAUUUUCUAUGUUCUGGUAAUUUACAUCCUGACAAUAUCAUUAGUCACCGGCAAUCUGUCAAGUCUCAUAAAAAGGCUUACUAUUUGGAAUUACAAAAAUACCAUGCGAAUAUGAUUGAGAAUUUACAGACAUGGAAGGACAAAUGGCUAAGCUGCAAGGAUUCCGAUGAGGAAAUUGUGGAGAUGAUAUGGAGUUCAAAGAAGCUUCAUGGGAAAAGAGGGCAUAGCUUAGAACUUGAAGGUGAAGAGAACCUUGUCUGCACACCUGAGUGUUCCUGGGCAGCUGGUGACAAAGGUUUUAGUAGUGACAGUCCAAACCCAUCAAUGUUGCAGGGAGAAAGUCAAAGGAGAAAAGGUAUCAUGGACAACCAAUUUGGCAAUUCAUUGGAUUGGAAUAAGGUGACAAAGACUAGGAGAGUAGAUCAAUUACAGAAGCAUAAUAUACAGCAGACUGAUGGUGCCAAAUAUAUGUCUUACAUUAAGGUUAGCAAGGAGCACUAUGAACGUGUCAAGAAUAGCAUGAAGCAUAAUAGCAAUAGCAUCCAAUCAAGGUCUCUAAACAAUGUUUUAGGUAACAUCAAAACUCUCCAUGUAAAGCCAUUUGAAGCGUAUGAGGAAGAAGAGAGGCAGAAAUUACAUGAACACUGGUUGCAAUUGGCAAAAAGAGAUCUUCCUGCCCAUUAUGCAGUCUGGUUGAAGAGACAGUCAUGUGAAUGGCAAUUGAGAGAGUCUUUAGGUCAUGAUUUGAAAGAAAAACUGAAAUCCCUACAUGAGGAUGAAAUGAAGGAAAAUUCUGAUGUCAAGUCCCCGGAAAUGACAGACAACAAAGCAACGGAAGUUGAACCCACGAUAACAACAGAGAGUUCUGACGAUGAUGAGGAUGAAGAUGAAGAUGAAGAUGAGGAAGAGGAAGAGGAAGAGGAAGAUACAUCUGAUGGGUUGCUCCUGCAUCAAACCAAUAAAGCAGGAGAUCACAGCUCACCUCCCGUGUUGGAGGAUGAAGACAUAGAUAAGCCUGAUUGCAUGGUUGAGGAGAAGAUUGGUUAUAGCACGGCAAACAUCAAAGAUAAUAGUGGGUCUAGCUCUACUUCCGAACAUGAUCAAAAGGUGCAACAAAUCGUCUCACUUGGUGAUACUAAUCAGUUCAACCAGCUGGAUCCAGAUCCAAGUGACAAUGAAAUUAUAAAAAAAUUGGAUGAAGUUUCCUCAUCUGUCUCAGAGUACUCUGAAAGAUUGAACAACAAAGAUGCUCCAUUAAAUCAGGGGGGACCUCUUGCUUCUGCCGAUCACGUCUGGCCAGUGGCUAACAUGCCUGGCCCCUUCAGUUCUACUCCAAUGGAUAAUGAGUACUCUGCUUCUGAGGAGCUGCCACUUUCACAUCCCCAAGUUAUGGAUGGUCAAGCAGCGCACCUUGUUAAUCUGGACGUUCACUCUUCUGAAAAUGAUGUUGGGAAGGCCAGGUUGCACAGACAAUCUAACUCGGUGUCUUUUUUCAAUUCUUACUCUCAUGACCGCAAUGAAUUAUUUCAACCGUUCUUAAAGAGCAAUGCUGGCUCAGUUCAUAAUGAAACAAAACAGUCUUCGUUGGCUUUUCAGUCAGGGGACAACUUAAUGGUAGAAUCUGGUCAAUUUUCCGGGCAUUUCAAGGAACAGGUUCAUGCACCACUUCCUUUGGUGUUGAAGCACACAGGACUGAAUGAUCUUUAUAUGCAUCAGAAUGUUCACGGGAACGAGUACACUGAUGGAGGCACGUACUCAUUUCCAAGGCAAGAAAACUUGCAUGUUGGCGGGAUGCAGGAUUGGGAUAUGAAUGCUGUGCGCAUGCCGGCUCCACAAUCUCAUUUGAAUGGUGGAGACUUGGGCCAGAGUUGGUUCUCAGGCGAGAACCGAGCCCAUGGUGGAUGGUCUGGUUUGGAAAGUGGUGUUGGUCCCUCCCAGGGCAUCAGAAGUGGAAAUGCAUCUGAUCAGAGCUUGUUCAGUGUUUUAACAGAGUGUAAUGAAUUAUGUCGUGGUAGCUCCUAUGAUACGGUGGUGGGGUCUACAGAGCGAUUCAUGCAGUCUGGUAACUACGACGAGAUGGGGGUAAGAAUUCCUUCGGCGAGCAACACACAGCAAGCAACUAAUCCGCUCGCCUAUUUGAGCAGCAGCCACGAAGGGUCCGGGGGUCCUACCAACAACAUGGGAUGGGUUAACGUGGCAAACCAGAACUCUGGAUUACAGGAUUCAUUGGGUAAACCAUUUUUGAAGUCGUGGAAUCAAUAAUGACGAUCACGUCUGGAGCCUGGAGGGAGACAGAUGUAUCUGCCAGAACUCGGAAUGUUUUGAAGAGAAAACUGUAGAUGCGGGGGCGGAGUAUGAAGCGAGAAGAAGGCGUAGAGCACUAAAUAGACAGACAGAGAGACACAUCAAAAUUGAGAUGAAUGAAGAAAGGAGGUGGGUAGGUAUUUCAGGCCUGCAUUAUAUAAUGUACAUCCGCAAGAACAAAGCUUCAUUUCAUGUAUAUAUACCUAGACCUAGACUAGAUGGUGGUGGAAAGAUUUGUUUAGUUGUGGGAUUAGAGGAGGAGGAUAUAUUCACAAACUUUGUGGGUGCAUGCUCAUGUUGUCUUUAUUUUGGUUCAUAAAAGGUGAUCUCAUCUCUUUCUUUGAUAUGCUAUCUUCAAAUUUUGAUGCAUAUCAUAUCGUCACUGCUUCAUAAGCUGUUGCUUUUAUUGCUGCCUUUAAUGCUUUCAGGUUUGAGAAA